AUGUGUUAUCCUUGCAAGACGCCCAAUGACCCCUGCUGGCCAUCCACUUUGGAAUGGUCGUCUCUGAAUGAAACCGUCUCUGGCCGCCUGAUAAAGACGAAGCCACCAGGAAGUGUGUGCUAUCCAACCGAGUCCGACUAUAACCUAUCUGCCUGCAACAAUAUUCUCGAGAAUUGGACCACAUCGGUUUUCCACUCUUCAAAUCCUUCCAGUGUGUCAGAUCUCGUCUACUCCAACAGCAGUUGCAGCCCAAUAUAUCCAAACGGCACCAACGUCUCCGGUGACCCAGAUGCUGAAGUAGAAGGGGGUUCGAUGGGAAACCUAUCUCCGUAUGUGGUCAAUGCCAUGGAAGCUUCGCAUGUACAGGCCGCGUUGGAAUUUGCACAUAGGAGAAACUGGCGACUUAAUAUCAAGGACACGGGACAUAAUCCAGAGAAGAGGAUUUGGACACACUUUAUGAAGGGAUGUAAAUUUCACGAGUCCUUCAAACCACAAACGUGUGGCGGUCUCGAGGGUCAUAUGGCGGCUACCGUUGGUGCAGGGAUUCAAGAUGGUGAACUAUUUCAGUUCCUAGCCCAGAACGACGCAAUAGCUGAUGUUGGUGUGGUGGGCUGGGCGACCGGAGGAGGUCACGGCCUUGCAACUGCGGAAUAUGGCAUGGGUGCGGACAAUAUUAUCGAGGCUGUGCUUGUUACCCCACACGGUGAGGCCGUGACUACCAACGCAUGCCAAAACAAAGAUUUGUACUGGGCUAUUCGUGGAGGUGGUGGUGGCACGUUUGGUGUGAUUCUCAGUGUCACCGUCAGAGCGUACCCUAUGCUAUCGAUUACACGAGUGGAUAUUGAUAUUUCGGCCCGGAAUGGAACGUCCCCUAAACACUGGUGGAUACUCAUUGCAAAGAUUCACAAGGAGCUGCUCUAUCUACAGGAUGCCGGCCUGGGUGGUUCCUGCACCACUUUUUCCGGACCUCCGUUUUACUUCCACGAUACUUUGCUGCAGUACAAUACCAGCAAUGCUGACUCGGCCGACGAAUCUGUCAAACCAUUGAAGGGUCUAUUAGGCUACGCAAACGAAAGUGUCGAGUCAACAAUUACAACUUCCUGGUCAUCUUCCUGGUACGACUUGAUCAAGUUAUUGCCGGCGACUGAGAAUGUUGGCACCAAGCGCAGCAUACGGGCAUCUCGGCUCCUACCACGAAGGGCAAUCGAGAACACAAUGGGGCUUGCUUAUAUAUUGGAGGAGAUUGGACCCCAGCAAGUGCCCUUAGAUAAUGGCAUCUCAAACCCAUCGAUAUCUGGAACAAUGACCAUCAGCAAAGUACAAACGGAUAAUGCUUUAAACCCGGCCUGGCGUGAGGCCGCUGUUCAUUUUAUUACCAGUCAGCAAUGGAAUGAUACACUUCCAAAUUCCAUUGCCGAGGGGGCAAUUGAAAGCAUGACUUAUGACAAAGGGUACUAUUUGCGACAGCUGGCACCAGACUCCGGGGCCUAUUAUAAUGAGGCAUGA